AUUUCAGGAGAUGGGACUAAAUCCAAACUCUGCAGGGCUGAGCUGUGGCGUUAAACCACAGGCGUACGAUUGGUGGCCAGCUGAGCAGCAGCAGUAUCUCAAUCCGACCAGCAGGGGGCAAAAUAACAUGCCACAGACUCAAAGCACUGCUGCUGAUACUUCCGUCCAUCCUCUCGUUCCUCUCCUCCUCUACAGCGACAGACACUUCCCCUCUUCCUCUCUGUACAGCCAGCCAGUCAGCGCUGCUGCUGCCCAGCAGGUCUCCGCCCAGUCCGGGCAGCACACCUGUUACCACAGCAACAGUGCCUUCAGCAGGCAGCCUGUGAAGAAGCCUCUGAACGCCUUCAUGCUCUACAUGAAGGAGAUGAGACACAAAGUGCUGCAGGAAGGCCAGGAGAGAGAGAGCGCCGCCAUCAACCGCAUCCUGGGCCGCAGGUGGCACGCUCUGUCCCACUCCGAGCAGUCCAAAUAUUACGACCUGGCGCAGAAAGAGAGACUCCUCCACAUGCAGCUCUACCCUGGAUGGUCUGCCCGGGACAAUUACGGUAAAAGGAAGAGGAAGCAGAGCCAGCAGAUAUCAGGAAGCACUUCCAGCUGGACUCUUAAUGCUGGAUGAGAGCUCUGAAGG